AUGGCAUCCCGGAUGUUCGGUCUAUGGACUGUUAUCCUGGGUAUAUUCGGUUUGAUCUUGGACGUGGCCCAGUUCUGGAAUCGUAAAGUAUUCUCAUGGUGGCAUUCAAAAUCUCCCAAGAAAAGACUGCUUCAUACACUGGCUACAGCGCAGAAUUAUGAACAAUGGGAGGAUGCUGCGUUCCAGCUCGACGAGCUUUUGAGCAAAGAUAUCUGGCGUCAAAACCCAGUUAGUCGUCACUACGACUAUCGACUUAUCCUGGGCCGUCUCGAGGCUUUGAUGAGUGCUCGUGAGACUGAGGACAUUCUCACACUGGUAAACUUGCUUCGAUCCGGUCUGGUGCGAAAUCUGGGCAAUAUCACAUCGACAAAACUAUUCACGCAUGCAUAUGCGGGUACAAAGCUGCUCAUUGACGACUACAUCACCCAAGUUGCGCUGUCGAUCCAAUAUGUCGCCUCGCUACAGCCAUUGCCGAUGCAAAGCAGUGGUUUCACAUCCCAAGCGAAACUGGAACUCCUCCACGACACUCGGCAAGCCUUUGGACGAACAACCUUGUUGCUUCAAGGCGGAUCCGCCUUCGGAGUGUGCCACCUCGGCGUGGUCAAGGCUUUGCAUUUACAAGGACUCUUACCGCGAAUCAUCACGGGCACGGCAACUGGGGCGAUGAUUGCAGCGCUGGUGGGCAUCCACACUGAAAAUGAGUUACUUGCCAUGGUGAAUGGUGACACAGUCGAUCUGUCUGCGUUUGACCAGCGGCGUAAGGCACAUGCCCAGGAGAGCUGGAUGUGGACGUGUCUCCGGAGAGUGAAACGACUGCUUCUGAAGGGUUAUCUGUACGACAUGGAUCUUUUGGAAGAAUGUGUCCGGGCGAAUGUGGGUGACUUGACUUUUGAAGAGGCGUAUGCCAGGUCCAAACGCAUCUUGAACAUCACCAUUGCUACGGCAGGGAAGACGGGGACGCCAAACUUGUUGAAUUAUUUGACUGCACCGAACGUGCUGAUCUGGUCUGCCGCCGUCGCCUCCAACGCCUCGGCCGUUUCAUCCAUGUCCUCGAACAAACCAGUCACCAUCUACUGCAAAGAUGAAACCGGCUCGAUCAUUCCCUGGUCCCACACCAAAGACGCCGUCUUUCAGCCCUGGAGCCAAGUCACUUACAACGACGGCGAAUCCCCUCUAGCCCGCAUCGCCGAACUUUUCAACGUCAAUCACUUUAUCGUCUCCCAAGCGCGUCCCUAUAUUGUCCCGUUCCUUCACGCUGAACUCAAUCUCCUGGAUCGCCGGCAAACCGGGUGGGGUAAAACCACCCGCUCCAUCACACGACUCGCCCUCGCUGAAACCCGCCACCGGCUGCGCCAGCUCGAUUAUCUCGGUCUCCUCCCGGGCUCGUUGAGCCGUCUCCUUAUUGGAGAAACCAUUCCGGGGCCGAAUCUGACCCUUGUACCGGAUCUGUCGCUGAGUGAUUUCUGGAAGAUCUUCCAGCAGCCGACGCGAUCUCGGGUCGCCGAGUGGACGCUGAAGGGAGAGCGAGGGGUUUGGCCUGCGGUCAGCACGUUGAAGGUCCGCGAGGCGAUUGAGAUUGAAUUGGAUCGGGGGUAUCAACUUGUUCGUCGCCGACGGCGGCCGAGCGAUCUGCCAACGAAUACGCGACAUUUUCCCAGUGAGGGAAUUGCGCGUCCACGACGGGGAGGAAGCGAGAAUGAGCCCGAGACGGGGUCCCUGGUGGAUUUGAAGUAA